AAAAGUUUUAUUCAACAAGGGUACAAUCGUAAUUUAAAUCCCCUCCCACGCUACUAUAUAAUCCAAAACACCAACUUCAACCUCCUCCUAGGGUUUUAUAACACUUCUCAAUUCCUCUCUGCCGUUCUUCUUUCUCCCUUGGCUCUUCAGAAUGGAUUCACAAAUCAAGCAUGCAGUAGUGGUUAAGGUUAUGGGCAGGACUGGCUCUCGUGGCCAAGUCACUCAGGUCAGAGUCAAGUUUAUCGAUGAUCAGAACCGUUUCAUUAUGAGAAAUGUCAAGGGACCUGUUAGGGAGGGCGAUAUUCUCACAUUGCUCGAGUCCGAGAGGGAGGCUAGGAGGUUGCGCUGAUCGACUUUAGUGUUUCCAUUACUUUUUGUUAGUUUAAUAUGUAAGAUUUAUGUGGAUUUCUCCCUUUUGAGGAGUGAUCACAAACACUUCAACUUGAGUAUGGCUGCUGUUUGUUUCUUUUUGACAUUGAUUUCCCAUGUUUAAUCUUGCUAUUGUUUCUU